AGACCUGUUGCUCUGUUGACAGGACUUGAAAAGAGCUGCUCACGAAUGUGUCUGGUUUUGAACAGAACAAAUUUAAUCACAUGAUAAGAGAGAAAUUCAGUUCAGAUCAUCUGGUGAUGUAUUUUUGUCUUUGCUUUCUGCUUGGAGCAUUCUUCUCUAAAGGCGGUUAUUCUGCACAUGCUCAGCCUGAGAAGGUGGUGGCCUUUGCUGGGGCACAUGUCAUCCUCCCCUGCAGUUUUAAAAACCCUCUGAGUGAUCAAGUCCCAACAGUGGAGUGGUCCAAGGAAGGCCUUACCAAUUCCAAUGUCGUCUUCUUGUACCGUGACGGCUGUGAGACCUUCGAGAUGAAGAAUGUGGACUUUGAGUUCCGGACGAGCCUCUUCAUGAGAGAAGUGAAAAACGGGAAUGUCUCAUUGAGGAUCUCCAACGUAAAGCUGUGUGAUGCUGGGAUCUAUCGAUGUUUGAUCAUCCAAAGUGGAACAAAAGAAACUACAAAAGUAGAGCUGGUUGUUGCUGCUGAGUCUGACCCAAAGCUCGAAGUGGUUUCUGUAGAAAAUGAGAGAGUGACUGUGACUUGUCAAGCAACCUGCGUGCUGCCAGCACCACUGAUCCUGAUUCUGGAUGAUAAAGGAAAUGACAUCACUGACGAGGAGCCAAACCAAGAACAAGAUCGUAGAGGAUGUAACACCACUAGGCAAACAUUCUCUAUGCAGGAUUCUACAAGAAGGGUUGUCUGCAGAGUCAAGCUGCCACAAACGGACCAGAACAAGACUGCAGAGAUCCUCCUUUUAGCUUCCUGUACGGGGUUCAACGUUAUAACCAUUUGCUGUACUAUUGGACUGAUUUUUGCUUUCUGCCUUUUGUCUGGAAUAUGUUUUUACAUCUGGAGGAAAUUUGGCAAAAAUGCAGACAGGAAACAGCCCUGCGUCGGAAGGAAAUCAUCUGACUCUGAUUUAACAAACGUCUCCUGUGAAAACUUGGGCCUUAUAACUAACAGGGCUGAAAACACAGGAAAAGGGAAAAUUAAUAAUCUAGAAAAUGAGGUCACUGUUUUGAGGUCUGCAAUCAGUAGGAAAUAUGAGGAUAUAUCUAAACUACAGGAGCAAAUCCAGUCAAUGGGUGCUCUCUACCAUCACGACAGGCCAACAACUGCCCAACAUUUUGCUGAAUCACUCCAUGGUUUUUCAGGUUGCCCGAACCAAACUUCAGACAUCAACAUCGAGACCACAAAGAUUCAAAGUGAUCGCAACCCAAAGAAAAAAGCUUCAAAACAUGCAAAACCUAUUCAACAAAAUCAAAACAGCAAUUUAAGUCCUCGCAGAGUGUCUAAAAGAACAUCAGGUCAUAGCAGCAUUUCACAGCGAAAGAGUUUGACUGCCUCAGGGUUUGCAGCUGGUAGUGACAAGAAAAGAAAUGUUGAUCCUGUAACUGAUCUCUUGUCUAAUGCUGGUGAUAGCGGUGGCAUAGUUCACCGCAGACAAUCCUCAUGGCCUUUAACUCAACACCAGUUUAACAACCGUUACUUUCCUCUGGCUGACCUAACAGAACAGUGAACAGUUUAUAUACAGUAAAUCCAAUUGUACCACAAACUACAAAGACACUUAUAUGCAUUGAAUGGCCUCGUAAAAAGCCUGCACUUCAUUAGCACAAGGCCUGAGGAACCUAAAGCGCUUUACACUUUACCCAUUUAUGCACACAUUCACACACUGACAGUGGUAGGCUAAUAAAAACAAGGCUGCCAUACAAUCGGUGCCACCGGACCCUCAAACCACCAUCAGCAGGCAAGGUGGGUGAAGUGUCAUGCCCAAGGACACAAUGACUGAGACGGACGGAGCAGAUGUUUGAACAAGGUUCAUUAUUUUCUACUGUCAGUGCACAGCAGCCAUAUUGGAUAUUUAGCUUGGGACUGCUCAGGGACUUCUGAAACUGUUCAACUAAGAAAUUGGGAAAUGUAAUUUCCAAAUACAAACAGGACGUAUCAAUACAGUACAACAUGUAAAGCAUAUUUGUUUAUGUUAGUGCAGUUUAUUUCAAAAAUGAAGAAGCUAAUGUUCCAUCACAUAGCUAUGUUUGAGGGACAUUUUGGCUAGGGACUGAUGGCUCUGGGUUAUAAUGACAAAAAACUCAUUUAUCUUGCAACACUCCUGGUCACCGCUGAAACUUGGUUUUAGCUAAUGUCACUUUAAGACUGCUCCAAUUGGUUAUACAGCCAUGCAUGACACCAGCCAAACUGAUGUUUUUCAUUUAUCUGAGUAGUUGGAACUCUAAUCUGAGACUGGCAUUACACCACUUAAUAGAGUAAUCAAAUGGAUUUGUUAAUUAUUGUGCUCUCUGAACACUACUCUUGCAAUAGAAGCCAUUUACAAAAACCUUUUACUGCCUUCAAUGCAUAAAAACAAAGUACAGUUGAAAGUACAUCUGAAGAGAGGUUAUACCAUACUCUGUGUGUGACUAAUUUAAUGAAAUGCUAGGCGACAGAAAUGCAAAAGGUCCAUCUAUUAGCAGUUUUUUAGCAGUUUUAUUCAGUAGGACUUGUAUUUGUGAAACAGUGUGUGGUCACACCCACGAUGCUGUAACAUGAGUGUUUUUUCUUUCUUUAAUAAAAGGCUGUGACACAGGGCAGCUAAUUUGAG